CACGCAUGAGUCGAGCAGCUGCUCAGCUGUCAGGGAGCUAUUCAGUCAACAAACCCGCCAUAAAGCUGAAUAUACCCAUUUUACUCAAUAUUUUACUUCAUUUAUCACAUCUCCUGGCAUGGAACAAGCAAAGCAGGAGGCCUUCGAUCAAGCCAGACUGCAGGUGAUCAAGGAUGGGUACGAGAAGGCAUUUGAAUGCAUCAAUAAAGGUCUCACUGAGGACGAGGCAGGGCACAGGGCAGAGGCAUUCAAUCUGUAUCGGCAAGGACGACAGCAUCUCCUCAGGGCCCUUAGUGUGCCCUCACAAGACGAGGAGUGCGUUGGCCCCUCCUGGGAAGCGGCAAGGCAGAUGCAGCGCAAGAUGCAGGAGACCAUCGGCAACAUCACCACUCGUCUAGCCAUGCUGGAGACCACCACAGACACCUUGGAGGGUAACAGUAUGGUCCCUCAAAAGCUCUACCCUGAUGUCCCAAAAGCCAUACCAGAGAGGCCGACUCUGCCACAGGUGCUUGUUGCUGGGGCUGCAGGGGCCUCCGGCUGGGGUGCUGGAACCUCCCAAAAAUCCCCCACAAUUCGACACAAUAUCUUAUGCGAUCAGCCCCCUGCAUACACGCCUCAAGCUGCUGAUGGUCACCUGACCAUUUCUUAUGGCACUGACUCUGGAGAGCUCUCCCUUGUUGGCGAUGAGUUCUACAACCAUUCAUCUAAUUCUACAACUUCUCCUCUGAGCCUGGGGGAGGAUGGAGAGGAGCUCUUUUUCCUCCCUCAAGGAGUGCAGAUCUUCUUCGUAACCCCAGAGGGUCAAGUUAGUGCGCCUUCAUACCCAGGGUACCUACGCAUCGUAAAGUUCACCAAUGAACACUCUGAAAGGAUUCCAAACAGACCACCUGCCUUCCUACAGGUUUGUGAUUGGCUUUUCCCCUUGAUGGCCACUGAUUCCCCGGUUUUGCUUUGCAACACGGGGGUCUUCAUGUUCCCAGACAUGAUGGCUCCCACCCCGGGCUCCUACGUUGGGGUGGUCCUUUCUUCUGAGCUUCCUCUAAGAGAAAGAGAGACCUUCCAAAACCUUCUCUCACAGAUGACUGACCUGCGUGUUCAGGCAUCAGAUGGUGCAACCGAUACCAUUAACCUGGGGAAGAAGGUGCCAAUGGGGCCUCCUGCAGCUGAAGCACCACCCCCUGCUGCCGAGGAUGAAAAGGUACUUCCUGAAUGGAGUGAGAAGGUGGCCCAUGGGAUCCUGACAGGGGCUUCAUGGCUGAGCUGGGGGCUGGUGAAGGGGGCAGAGUACACAGGGAAAGCCAUCCAUAAAGGUGCAACCAAACUACGAGAGCACAUCACCCCAGAGGACAAACCAGCCCAUGUCAGCCCAACUGUAACCAAAAGCCUCCAUGUAGCCAAACAGGCCACAGGUGGAGCUGUGAAAGUCAGCCAGUUCCUUGUGGAUGGAUUGUGCACUGUCGCUGGCCAUGUUGGCCGAGAGUUAGCACCCCAUGUAAAGAAACAUGGAGGAAAACUUAUUCCGGAGUCUCUGAAGAAAGACAAGAACGGGCGCUCCAAUAUCGAUGGUGCCAUGGUGGUUGCAGCCAGUGGAGUUAAAGGAUUCGCAACAAUGUGGAUGGGCUUGGAAGUUUCAGCAAAGAACAUCGCAAAGAGUGUUGCGACAGAGACUGUUACCACUGUGAAACACAAGUAUGGGGCUGACGCGGGCCAGGCCACAGACCACGCUGUCAACUCGGCCAUCAAUGUGGGUGUCACUGCCUUCAAUAUCGACAACCUUGGGAUCAAGGCAAUGGUGAAGAAGACGGGCAAAGAGACUGCCCGUGCCAUUCUGGUAGACUAUAAAGUCAGUGAGCCGAACAGUCAAGUUGAAAAACAUAAAGACCAAAAAUAGAGUGCAGAUUGUUCAGAGUUCUUCCGUUUCAGGUGUCCAUUUUCAAGAGCAAACCAAAGUGUAACACCGAACUCCAAAGACCCUGAUUAGACUACAGUAACUACAGUUAACUGUGAUGUUAUGUUUGUGAUUCUGCUAUCACUGCACUGCAUACUACUGACUCUAUAUCACAGAGUAAAUGAUAAAUGCACUUUAAAACAUGUUGACUGACAGUCCUACAUGCCGGCUGAUAUUUCUGAUCUUGCCGUACACUUCACCAGCAAAGUGAAAUGUAUGUAUCUCCAAAAAGCCAAUGAUUUAUUUUGAUCCACAAUGUAGUUGGGUCAUAUUAAAACCUCUAAGUGUGCAUGGUUUGUUUCAAAAUGAACACCUAAAACGAAGUGAAUGCCAAAGGUAUAUUUUCCUGUUUUCCCAUAGAGCCUUAAUAAAUAUAAUAUUCUUGUUUAAUAUUAAUAUAAAUACACACAUAUUAAAGCUGUUUAUAAUAUCUAUAUUAGAAUGAUUUAUGGUAUGUUUUGUAUCUGGGUAUUUGUUUUGCGAUGUUUGCACUUUAUUUUUUAUUUUAUUUUUUUUAACUUUACUAAUGACUACAUUUAAUUAGAGAUGUAAUAUUGCCUUGACUGUGUCAUAACAUUUCACUGUAAUCAUUAACAUGCCCUAAACUAUAUAAUAAUUAUUUCUUGUACUUGUUUUCAUGGUUUCAUGAAUGCUUUUCAUGGAUACUUGUAGCUGUUAUAUCGUAUAUGCAAUAUACCUCUCAUUUGAAUGUGCUGACACUGUAAAUGAUAUGCAAGUAUCAAAAGUUUAACCAAAAGUUCGUUUGAUUUAUUUAUGACAAAGAAAAGCGAUGUAUAUUUGAC